AUGUUUGCUAGAUAUAUUAAGAAAUGUAGAUCUCUAAGAUGCUUUAGUACAUUACCUGAACAAAGUUCUGCUGAUAUAAAAAAACUUCCUCAUAUCCCUGUUAUGAUAGAGGAAGUUUUAAGUUAUUUGAAACCUUCAAAUAAAAAUGUAGUAAUGGAUAUGACUUUCGGAGCUGGUGGUCAUAGUCGUCGUAUUUUAGAAUGUGCCCCAAAAAUAAAACUAAUAGCUCUUGAUAGAGAUCCCUUGGCUUCACAUUAUGCUGAACAAUUAGCAGAAGAAUUUCCUCAUCAAGUAGUACCAUUACUUGGACGUUUCUCUGAUUUACCUAAGCUACUUCAAUCUAAAGGCAUACCACAAAAUUCGAUAGAUGGCAUACUGUUUGAUUUUGGAUGUUCAUCUAUGCAGUUUGAUGAUGGAAAAAGAGGUUUUUCCAUAUCGGAAAAUGGUCCUCUAGACAUGAGAAUGGAUGGGAAUAGAUUUCCAGAUUCUAUAACAGCAGCAGAUGUUGUUGCUAAAGCAACAGAAGAGGAUCUUUACAAAAUAAUCAAAACAUAUGGUGAAGAAAAGCAAGCUAGAAAAAUAGCUAGAGCCAUUGUAGAAGCACGAUAUAUGUUCAAGACUCUAACGACAACACAAGAAUUAUCAGAUAUAGUAAAAUCUGUUUGUAUAGAAGAUUUCAGAUUGGAUAAAUUACAUCGUGAAACGCAUGUAGCUACAAAAACUUUCCAAGCUCUUAGAAUUUUUGUUAACAACGAAUUGAAUGAAAUGAAUUAUGGAUUAAUUCUAGCCCACAGAUAUUUGAAGUUAGGAGGUCGAAUAGUAACGAUUACGUUUCAUUCAUUAGAAGAUACAAUUGUAAAGAGACACUUAACUGGAAAUAUGUUGGGACAUACUGUUAAUCCACUUCCGUUAAGGUUUAGUAACCAAUCACUUUCUGUAAGCGAGGAAAUAGUCAAACAUAUCAUGGAACCGCAGUGGAAAAUGCUACAUCAACACGUUAUAACACCUAAGUAUGAAGAAGUAGAGAAUAAUCCUAGAAGUAGAUCUGCCAAAUUGCGAGCAGCUGUUAAAAUUAAAUAGUUAUGUAUAAAUAAAUAAGUAAAUAAAUGAAAACAA